GGUCAUAUGCCGGGGGCGGGGCGGGUGUGAGCGCCGCUCGUCGGGGCUCUGCUCUCCGCCGUCUCGCUGAGCGUCGCGGGGUUCGGCUGCACUGGCUCCCUCUGCCCGCCCGCCUGCCUGCCCGUCCGUCCCCGCUGCUGCGCCAUGUUCUCCGCCGCGGUGGCCCGCGGGCUGGCGCUGGCCGUGCUGCUGGUGCUGAGCCCAGCAGGGGAAGCCCAGCAGGCGCGGAGGCCCAACGUGGUGCUCAUCCUCACCGAUGAUCAGGACGUCUGCCUGGGCGGCAUGACCCCCCUGAAGAAGACGAAUGCUCUGAUUGCGCAGACGGGAAAAACCUUCCUGAACGUGUACGUUCCCAGUGCACUUUGCUGUCCCAGUCAAGCCAUCAUUUUAACAGGAAAAUACCCACAUAAUCAUCAUGUUGUCAAUAACACUCUGGAAGGAAACUGUAGCAGCAAGUUAUGGCAGAAGAUUCAAGAACCCUACACCUUCCCAGCUCUUCUCAAAUCUAUGUGUGGUUAUCAAACAUUUUUUGCUGGAGAGUAUUUGAAUGAGUAUGGAGCAAAGGAUGCAGGGGGUGUAGGUCAUGUCCCACCUGGAUGGAGUUUUUGGUACGCUUUGGAGAAAAAUUCAAAGUACUACAACUACACUCUCUCAGUAAAUGGCAAAGCACGGAGACAUGGUGAGAACUACAGUGUAGAUUACCUGACAAAUGUACUGGCCAACAUGUCAUUGGACUUCUUGGAGUAUAAAUCAAAUUUCGAACCUUUCUUUAUGAUGAUCUCAACCCCAGCACCACACUCCCCUUAGACAGCUGCCCCACAGUACACAAAGAGCUUUCAGAAUGUCAGUGCACCAAGAAACAGCAAUUUUAAUAUUCAUGGAAAGAACAAGCACUGGUUAAUCAGACAAGCAAAGACUCCAAUGACUAACUCUUCAAUACAGUUUCUUGAUGAUGCUUAUAGAAAAAGGUGGCAAACUCUGCUGUCAGUAGAUGGCCUGAUAGAGAAAGUAGUGAAGAAACUGGAAGUGAAUGGAGAAUUAGACAACACAUACAUCUUCUACACAUCAGACAAUGGAUUCCACACUGGACAGUUUUCUUUGCCAAUAGAUAAACGGCAGCUGUAUGAGUUUGUUAUCAAAGUUCCUUUGCUAGUUCGAGGUCAAAAACGGCCACUGCUCAAUCCAUACCGGCUGCGAUGUUAG